AAUGACGGUUGCUCCGUGGAGGUCGCGCCCUUAUCCGGCCGUCCAUCGGCGAUAAAGCCGGGACGCGGGCGCCUGCCUAAAACAGCAACGUACUAAACGCCGCCGGCACGGCCCCACCGGUUCAGCUGAGUAGAUCACCACCUGUGCAUCGUUCAUCGCUCACUCACUUCCCCCGCGGCGCCGAGCGACCGGCGCGGAAAUGGCGGAGGCGGAGGAGUGGGAGAGGCAGAAGAGGGGGAGGAGGAGGAGGCGGCGGCGGGGCAGGAGGGAGAGCGACGGCAGCGACCCCGUGGAGGUGCUCGGGGAGGAGGUGAUGGGGCUGGUGAUGGAGCUCCUGGACGCGCGCAGCGUCGCGCGAUGCACGGCGGUCUCCCGCGCCUGGUUCGGGGUCGCCGCCGACAACCGCCUCUGGGCACCCAAGUGUGCUGAACUGAUGGUCGGAAAGGCGCAUAUUCCUCGUCUGACAAUGAUCUGUACUGCAUCAAAGUUGUCUACCUAUUCAAUGGCCAUCAUGGAUGGCAAACGGAAUCGGAUCACAAAAGAGGAUCUCUGUGAUCAUGCAUGGGAAUAUCGUUUCACUAUUGCAGCACCAGAGUACUGGAGGAAUCUCGAUCCGUCCUGGAAGCGCACUGGUCCACCCAUGCGACGAUACUUCCACCAUGAUGGUUACCACAGUGCAGACCCUCAUGACGCUGUCCGGGGUGGCCAUGAGUGUGAGUACACGAUCAUAACAAGCUUUGUCGGUGAUGGAAGAAUCAGAGAUCAUUAUGUGAGGAUCAACCGGUGGCCACCGAUGAAAGUGUCGAGAAAGGAAGAUUGGAGCUGGGAGCUAUCCAACCACCUCUACCGCUACAACAGCAUCCCUGAUGCUGAAAAGGAAGGAUGUACAGGUCCGCUCUUCCCGGUUUGGUGAGUUCACUUCUAUGGUAGCAGAUCAGUCCGUCUGCGGUGUGAUCCUGCAAUCUUCUGGUCGUCAAAAUCAAGCCUUGAUCUUCCAUCUCGUUGAAUGUUGCAGCAGGAGACUUUGUUUUGCAGCAAUUAAUGAGCUAUGAACUUUUGUGGAUGUACUUAGUUCUUUUAGAGAGAAUGGAUAACUUAGCUAAGCUCAGGUGUGUGAGCUACUCCCUCCGUAAACUAAAGUAGUGAUCUAAACGCUCUUAUAUUAGUUUACGGAGGGAGUAAUAUGUAUGAUAGUACAGUAGUUGCAGCUAGCCUAUGAUGAUACUAUGUGUUCGUCUCGGUAGUUUGAUCUUUUGUCACGUAGUAUGUGAUCUGUAAAAUACCCUGAACUACUAGAAAUGGUAUGUGUGUGUAAACCUUCUUUGA